AUUUUGACCAACGUAAGCUUAGAAACCGUUAAACGCCGCUCCCAUCAUAUCAUCACCAAAAAUAGUUUGGUUACCUCGAGGAGACCUCGACCGAUUUUCGUGAAGUUGUCGUGUUGGUCGCGUUAGUUGGUAAAGAGCUUGUUGUAGACAUUUUAGUGAACAGUUUGUGUGAUCUAAGUGUUAAAAAUGGCAUCGAAAUCUAAAAAAGGAUCGACACCGGUGGCUCCGCAGCGUCCAGCGAGCCCUUUAAGCCCCACAAGACAUUCUAGAUUACUAGAAAAACAAGAACUUCAAAAUCUCAAUGACCGUUUGGCGGGAUAUAUAGAUCGUGUCAGGUAUUUAGAAACAGAAAAUAAUAGAUUAACCAGAGAAAUACAAUCGACACAAGAGACUGUUACCCGAGAAGUCUCUAAUAUCAAAUCCAUGUAUGAUCACGAAUUAUCGGAUGCAAGAAAGUUGUUAGACGAAACACACCGCGAAAAAGCUCGUUUAGAAAUUGAUGUUAAACGUAUAUUAGAUGAAAACGAGGAGCUUAAAGCGGAUUUGGCUAAGAAAAACAAGGACUUGGCUUUAGCCGAAAAUUCUGCUAGGAUAUAUGAAACGAGAUGCAAUGAAUUACAGCUUAAAGCUAACCAAGCCACCGCUGAUGCUAAAAAAGCAAUUGCAGACGCCAAGGAACUUGAAAAAGAAAGAGAUAAAUUGAGAAAGCUUCUUGAUGCUCAUCGUAAACAGUUGGAGGAAGAAUCUUUGGCUAGAGUCGAAGUUGAAAACGCUAAUCAAAGUCUUAGAGAAGAAUUAUCUUUCAAGGAUCAGGUUUACCAACAACAGUUGACAGAAACUCGUACUCGUCGCCAGGUAGAAAUCAGUGAAAUAGAUGGCCGUCUCGCCGAAAAAUACGAAGCUAAAUUACAAGAUGCUUUACAGGAUCUCCGUGACCAAUACGAGUCGCAAAUGGCGAAUAAUCGCGCCGAAAUCGAAUUACUUUAUGAGCAAAAAAUUAAGAAUUUGCAAAACGCCAAUGAUAGACAUCAAUCGGCCUCAUCAGGUGCUCUCGACGAAUUGAGACAGACCAGAUCUAGACUCGAUACUCUAACUUCGAGAAUUACCGAUUUGGAAAAUCAAAACGCCGGUCUGGCAGCGAGAGCUAGAGAUUUGGAAAAAUUAUUGGAGAACGAACGUAUGCGUCACGUUGAAGAUCUAGCUCUGUUAGAAAGAGAACUGAACAGACUCAGGGAAGAAAUGGCUACUCAAUUACAGGAAUACCAAGAUCUCAUGGACAUUAAAGUCUCACUCGAUUUAGAAAUUGCAGCUUACCGCAAACUUCUUGAAUCCGAAGAAGCUCGUCUCAAUAUCACCCCAUCAGGUGGUUCCGAUAUUCACGAGGCAUCACAUCGCACUCAACGCAGUUCCUCUCAACGUCGCACUCCUGUUAGAUUCGGUUCUAAAAGGAAGCGAACACUUUUAGAAGAGAGCCAAGAAUCCAGUUUAUCUGAUUACAGCGUUAACAGUUCGUCGAAAGGGGACAUAGAAGUCGUUGACGUCGAUCCUGACGGUCAAUUUGUCAAGUUGCACAAUAAGAGCAACCAAGAAAUAGCCCUAGGAGGAUGGCAAGUCAUUAGACGGGCAGGAGACGAAGAAACCACUUACAAAUUUCACAGGUCACUGAAAUUGGAAGGUAACGGAUACGUAACCAUAUGGAGUUCGGAUUUGAACAAGGACCAUGAACCUCCGAAUAAUGUAGUGAUGAGGGGUCAAAAAUGGGUUGUGAGCGACAAUAUGACCACAACAGUAUUGAAUAACAAUGGAGAAGAAGUUGCUAUUUCCGAAAGAGUAAAGAGACAAAUAUCCAACGCACACUUGAGACACAGGGAAAUGGCUGGUGGUUACCUUUCAGAAGAACUCCAUCAUCAACAAGGAGAUCCACAAGCCGACGAAAGAUGCAGGCUUAUGUGAAACGUGGCCCUAAAUCAUUAACAUACACACACAUUUCUUUUUUUUAAUUAAAGUUAAGGUUUAGAAAUAGACAGAAUUAAGAUGCGUUCGUUCUGCCAUUUGAUUUUUUUUAAAUUGGUUUAAUUUCGAUGUAGGCGGAAAUAACGAUAACUUUGUUCUGUUAUUGACAAAAAAAACUAUUUUUUCAUUAUAUACUUUAAAAGGGUUUCUAUUUUUUAUGAUAUUUUGACCCGAUAUUUUUUUUUUAUUAUAUAAAGAGUUGUACCUACAAUAUUUGUACCAUUUAUCGAUUAAAUUUAUUACUCCCUAUA